CCACGGUUGCUCCUUAAAGAUGUUUGAUCGCCAUGGCAACCUUAAGGUGACACUCGGCAUGCCUGGGAAGGGAGGCUCUGACCUUGACCCGCUACAGUUUGACCAAGUCUCGGACGUGGCGUUCAGCUGUGCGGGAGACAUGUUCGUCGUUGACGGGGACGACGGGAUCAACCAUCGGCUCCUGAAGCUGUCAGCAGACCGCCAGCUGCUGUGGAGUGUAGGCGAGGAAGGGUCGGGGCCGGGUCAGUUCCGGGUGCCGCACAGUGUGGACGUGGACAGGUUCGGGCAGGUGUGGGUGGCGGACAGGAGGAACCAGCGGGUCCAGGUCUUCAACGGGCAAACGGGCAGCUACGUCGGCGAGUGGACCUUCGGCGAGGACGUUUACGCAGUCAGAUUCAGCACAGACAAAUUCCGUGUCUUUGUCCUUCAAGAAUUGGUCGGCAACCUCUUGAUGCUGAAGUCUCCGAGCAUGCUCGGUUUCCUUGGCAACUACGAGUUGAUUGACAUUUUGCACAUGCCGAUCCCGGUGAUACCGCACAUGUUCAGCGUUAGCCCGGUAACGGAGUCGGUCUUCAUUGCUCAGCUUGGAGCGAAACGGUGCAGAAAAUUCGUCCGCCGAACAGGGAAGUCGAAGUGCUGGCUUUGGCUGGCGACGAUGUGCCUUGUUCCAAGGAAAGCGAGUACCAAAAUCGAACCCAUGAGAUGAACUUGUUCUAUGUCUAAUGUCAGUCCAGUUUUAACCCCCUCAGCGACACCCCAAUGGGGUUUUUAGAGGGUAACGAAGACGAAGUUUGAAUAGAGGUGGCGUAUAACGUGUCAUAAAAGCUGUCGUGGGAAAGUCCUAGCCUCCACCAGGCUUUCCUACGGGGUAC